AAACACAUGUAGAAAUCUGAGGUCAGACCUUAAAAGGUUUAGCGCCACUGGGUUUUUUGUUACUCAAAACUAAAAAGUCAUAUCUUUGACGUUUAAAUAACAUGAAUAUGUCUAUUUAGUUAGUGUAAUGUUCAAACUGUACUAUGUCUCAACUAUUCUCAAUAGUGAGCUAACUUUGCGAAAUGCCCAUAAGCGAAUCUUUCGUAACGUUACCAAUGAAAGCUCGCAAAAACCUCACUCAGCAGAGAACGUGCGACAUGAUUUAACGUUUCCUACAUUUUGUUAUUAGUUUUAGACACAGUAGCAAUACUUUAGUGAAGAUUUUACGAUCGAUUUAUUGUAUUAAAACUGAUGGAAGCAAUCGAAAUUCCUAGAUAAAGAGAUAAAAUUAUUGCAUAGUAUUUCAUCCAAAUUAGAAAUGAAGAAUGAAUAUAAUAUUGAAAAUACUAAGUUUAUUUGUGGUUUGUGAAACUGUGUCUUGUUUACUGACGCCAGUGGUGGAAAUAAGUCAAGGCAAGUUGCGAGGAUGGAGAAGCUUGUUCGGACAAAACCGGUAUUAUAACAUACCUUAUGCAGUUGCUGCCAGAUUUCAGAAACCAAAGGAACCGUCAAAUUGGCAUGGAAUAUUCGAUGCCAUUCAUCGAAGUCAACAUCUGAAGUGUCCACAAUGGAGGAAGUUUUUUGUAUUCGGAACAGAAGAGUGCCUGUACCUCGAUGUCUUCUCGCCAGAGUGGGCAACACCAAGAAGCAAACUACCCGUGAUGGUUUACCUUCACGGCGGCGCUUACUACAUGGGUGCAAAAAAUCUCUAUGACCCAGAAUUUCUAGUAGUCAAAAACAUUGUCGUCGUUACUGUCAACUAUCGGCUCGGCGUUCUUGGGUUCUUGUGUUUAAAUGGAAUAUCUAAUCUGGGACUUCGAGACCAAGUCGCUGCUUUAAAGUGGAUACAAAAGAAUAUCGCAGCAUUCGGUGGCGAUAUAGAUAAUGUCACCCUUUGUGGGGAGAGUGCGGGUGCCAGCUCGGCGGCAUUUCAUCUACUUUCAGAAUUAAGUAGAGGAUUAUUCCAUAAAAUGAUUCUCAUGAGUGGCACAGCUUUGUCUGUUUGGGCAUUUAAUCAAGAAUCUACUGAACUAGCGUUUAAAGACGCGAGAAAAAUUUCACAAGUAUAUUCAGAUGAAGAUGUUUAUAAAGUAUUUACGGAGGCUCCUUUAGAAACGUUAAUAAAAGCAACCAAAGACAUAUCAGUUAAUCCAAGAUAUUUCAAAUAUUCCCCAUGCGUGGACUCUCACAAUUCAGAUCCGUUCUUCAGGGACACUCCAUACAAUAUAAUGAAAUCGGGUAACUUUAAUACUGUCCCUGUUAUGAUGGGCUUCACUGAAUCGGAGGGAUCUUACUUCUAUGGAUUAUUGGAUGAGUCAUCGGUUGCCAAUCUGAAUGACAACUUUGCCGACAUGAUACCAUCGUUGUUUUCAUGGUGUCCCAACAACAGACAGCAAGUGGCAACACUGCUACGAUCUCACUACUUUGGACGCGGUAAUAUUACAUUAAAUUCCGUUAACAAUUUGGUUAGAUUUUAUUCUGACUGGGUGGCGUAUGCUGCUAUUAUAGCAUUCUCUAAAGUGUUAACUAAGUUUUCUAACAAACCAGUCUAUAACUAUUUAUUCGCUUAUGAGGGUGACAGAGAAUUUGCGAAAAUCUUUAUAAGACACCUAAAAGGCCCUGUCCAUGCUGGAGAGUUGUUCUACAUUUUCAAACCCUUCGGAAUUCCAAUGUUACUUUCCACGAGAGAUGAAAGAUUUAUUGUUAAAUUUACUACGAUGAUGACAAACUUCAUGAAAUUUGGGAAUCCAACACCAAAGACUUCCAAUCUUCUAAAAUGGCCUCGUGCGACAAGAAACUCUUCAAACAUUAUGGUACUAGAUCAGAAUCUCUCUGUUUUAGUGCAUCCAUAUGAGCGUCACACCGGUGAGUUUUUCCUAAAUCUGCUCUGCAAAUAUGGAGAAGCCGGUUAUGUACCCUGUGACAGUUCUCAAAUAUGCAUGAAAAAUUAAAUAAAACAGAAAUAUCACUCUAUUAUUAUUUUUAUAAAAAUAACUAGAUAUUUUUCCAGCAUAACAUUACAGUUUCAACUAGAUUUUAUUUCAAUUUUAAAUCAUAGCAUAUAAAUACCUUAUUGAUAAAUCCAAGCUCAAUAUCUGAAGACAUUCAGCUUCCACAAACAAUGGCGCGGAAUAAAAUAACUCCAGAUCACAAACAGAGUGCAGCCCGCGGCGACCAAAUAGACUUAAUAAAUAUGCAGAUCAAAUAUUAAAAGAGCCGCAAGACCUCAGACAAGACGUUUUUAAAACUGAAUUCAAUAUUGCUUCGUUUUAAUUCAAUCACUGCUGUAUAUUUUGUUUAACAUCAAUGGAAGAAAUUAUAUACCUAUAAAUGUUUUUGUUUGAAUUUAUUCUGUAUUCGGUCUAGUGAAACUACAAUAUUGUUUACGGAUUUCUAUGCUAUUGCUUAUGGAGGACCUUUUAAAUAUAGAACUUAAGACAUUUAACCAUGCUUCAUUGAUUAUUUUUAUGAAUGGUACACAAUAUUAUACCCAUACGAUCACGAG